GCCAGUGACUGUCCUGGCUGUCCUCAUGGUCAUCAUCAUGUGUAGACCAUAUCGACGAGUGAGUUGCCCUUCAUGACCUCCUCCAGCCCUUCCCUGGGUGUGAGGUGGCCGCUGAUGAUCUCGGCGAUGGCAAACAUUAUGGGGUACUUCAGGUCAAUCCGAUAUCCACCCUCCUUGGCCUUGAUCAGCUCCACGAGAGCUGUUGCCGUCGCCACACCCUCUGCAAGACACAUAGGGAGGGAAGGGAGAGACGCCACAGUAGCAGCAUCGCAGCAGCAGCAUCUUCCGUCUCACGUCUGUCUGUCUGUCUGUGUGCCCCAGUACCUGCGACUUCUGAUGAGGAUGCGAGUAUGUCCUCGACCUUUUCGCCACGGCCCAGCCGCACUCCGAAGGCUCGGUUGCGGGAGAGGGGACCGAAGCAAGUACCGAACAGAUCACCCGCACCUGACAAACCUGCCAAUGGACACACAGACAGACAGAGAUACAAGGAGGAAGCAAGGGGCGAGAGUGAAUGAAUGCACCCGUGGCUCAGUGUGUGUAUGUGUGUGUUGACCGACCUACCUGAGAAGGUCGACGCUUUGGCGCCCAUUUUCCUCCCGAACCGUCGCAUCUCCAUCGCCCCCGACGUCACGAUGCCACUGAUCGCGUUGGUUCCUGCUCAGUUCAGAUGACAUACAGACAACAAGUUAUAAGUAUAUGGGAAAUCACGAGGCAUUUCACGUCAGGUGCAUAUGUUUCCCCACCGAGGUCGAGCCCUUCACACAUUCCUGCCGCAAUGGCUAGAACAUUCUUGACUGCACCGCCGAUCUCCACACCUAUCACAUCGUUGCUCGUGAAUACCUGACAAAUCGACACACAGACAGGCGCACACACAACCAAGCGGCCACACAUCCAUCGGUCUGUGCGGAAUCGAUUGCCUGCCUGCCCGUUCCCCCACCUGGAACAUUUCGCCCCUGAGAAUGUUUUGCAGCUCCCGUGCCAGCCGCUUGUCGGUGGAGGCGACCACCACCCCCGUGGCCAGGCCCCUGACGAUCUCCCGAGCGAAUGAGGGACCCGACAGGAAGGCGUAGCUGCGGUUCUUGCCGAGAGUCUCCUCCAGGAUGUCAGACAUCAGCGACAGCGUAUUCGCCUCAAUGCCUGCAUGACACAACACAACAUACUCAACGUGUGUGUCCAUGCAUCCCAUCCGAGUCCCCCACCCACCUUUUGACACGGAGAGCACCGGCACGUUGGGGGGUAUGAGGUGGCUGAUGUUGUUGAGCGUUGCCCGCGAGAACUGCACCGGCACCGCAUGGACGAUGUGCGUCACGUCCUUCAACGCGUCCGCCGCGUCAGUGGUGGCCCUCACACUCUCGGGGAACCUGGCAUCGCUCAGGUACUUGGGGUGCCGUCUUUCCGUGUUGAUGCACUCAGCAUACUCCUGACUGCGCAAGAGGAUGGUGGUGGGGAUCUUCUUCUGCCCCAGCAGCCACGCGAGAGCCAGGCCGAAGUUGCCGCCGCCGAGGACGGUGAACCUGGGAGGGUAGCACAGCGGGAACUCUUGGGCGUUGAGGAUCAUUUGCGGGGGAGGGCAGAGGGGGGACCGCCGAAGAGAGAGGGAUGGCCUCAUAGGGUGAUGCUGUACCGGCCUCAUGUGCGGCCGGAACGCUUCACAGACGAGCGGCAGGGUGGCAACAAAGGGCACGAGGGCCAAGAGCAGCGCCUGCGGUAUCCUUGGGCCAACGUGGAGCGCCGACGCAGCAUGCGCCUCUGGCUUUUGCUCGGAUGGAUGUGGCCGUCCCAGAGCCCUCCUCAACCUCCUCGGCUGCUGCCGCUGAUCCCUCCUUUGCCACGAAAAUGAGAAUGAGUCGGUGUGUCCAUCUGCCCUGUCCAGCUCCAUUGCCACUGCUUGGACAUAAGAUCUGGUGCAAGGUGGGCAUUCUGCUGCAUCAAGAUGCCUCGUCGCCUCCGUCUGCCUGACGUCCUCGCCGUCUUGAGUGACCUCCUCGCUGACCGCCAUCGAUGUGAGUGCCAGAUCAGCGACAAGAUAGCAUCACUCACGCCUUCCGGAGGUGACUCGCAAGUCCUCUGGUCCAAGAUCCC